UAUUUUUUUUACACUCCGGGUUUUGGAGCGUGGAAGUAAACAUUUGCAGGGUAAACUUCGACAGCGGUGAAUGGGAGAUCACAGCAAAUAUUAUUUUCACUCAACCAUUUGCUCCAAGACCAAAAGAAAAAAAAAUCCACUAUUACAUUUGAAUGACUUUCCAGAAGAGGAAAAAAACAGAGAGCGGUGAUUAAGACAGUCAAAUGUGAGAAGAUGCCAAAUUUACUGUCACUCUCUCAGCAGCUGUAAUAGAAACCCCCUCGCAGCUGUGGUAAUUCGUUUUUUAAAACUAAUUCCUGGGUAAUAUAACACAAAGAAUAAUGUUAGAAAUUUACACUCAAUAUAUAUAUAUAUUUUUUAAAUGAUCAUAUAAAAAAGUUUGCUAGAUUUGCGCGGCUAAAUAAGGCGGAAACGCGUCAUCACAGCAUGAAAAAGGUCUAUUGAAGACUUUUAAGUCACGUCUGAAAUCUCAUCUCUUUUACACUGUCCUUUGAGUCUGACAAAUAUUACCCCAAAUACUAUUCUGUCACUUAUUGAAAAACUUUUGAUUUAAUCACCUUGAACCUAACUGCAAAUUACAAACAAGCAUUUUGUCUCAAAAUAAAUUUGACAAUUUCAGAGAUUUUCAUUAGCUUCAUAAAUUUGCAACAUUUUAAAAAUGAUUAGAUCAAAUUGCCUCAAAAUCAACCAUUAGACACCACACACACUGAUCUCAUGGAUGAGGAAUAUUUUGCAGCGUAUAGUGACUGUUUCUGAGUGUUUAAUCUAAUGAGUUCAAAUCAAAUCCUGUGCUUUUUCGCCUGGUUUUUGUAAGGGAAUAAUAAUUUAAAACUUGAAAGUGACGCGCCAUCUAGUGGAUUCAAGUGUAAAACCAGGAAAUUAUUUAGUCACGAAAUCAUAUAGGAAGGAUUGUAGAGCAUUUAGCGCCGUCAUACGUGAAUCGUGUUUUGAAAUCAAGCAAUUAGCUUAUGCAUUCGGCAUAAUAUCAGUGAUUUAUUAAUAUACCUGAAAGCGGCAAGUUGUAUUUUGACCCGGAAGGUUUUGCAUCUCAGUUUUGAGGCUUGCUUCACGGCUAAUUCAUGCAUGGCACAGCUGAAUGAAUGAAUUUACCUCCGAUCUACAGGUAUUUUCUGUGUAAAAGGUAUAGCAAAUCCAAAAACUUCCAGAGAUGAAAAUAGAUUACUUGCUGAUAAACUUCAUCAUCACUUCUGUAAGCAUUACCAUGGUCCGUUUGUCAUUCUCUAAACUCGCAAGACCAACAACAAUACCGGCGAUUGCACAUUACUUCGGGACAAAAGGCAGGUACGAGGAAGUGAACCCACAUCUUUUGGAUGACCUAUUGUUCGUAAACAGAUCGCUGUUGGGGCCCCCUUCUCAAGACUGCCAUGCAAUUCACUUGGUUUCUGUGAUAAGACACGGGACUCGCUAUCCGACGACCAAAAAUGUGAAAAAGAUCGCGGGUCUCUUUGAUCUAGUCGCGUCUGAAGCGGCAGGAUCAGCACUGUGGCUCAAUGACAUUAAAAAUAAAUGGAAGAUGUGGUACACUGAAGAUAUGGACGGCAGACUGGUGGAGAAAGGUCGAGAUGACCAUAGGUAUUUGGCCAUGAGGUUGGCACAUUUAUUCCCAACUUUAAUUUCCGAGGAGAACCUCCGUGCCAACCGCAUUGAGUUCAUCACCAGCUCCAAGCACCGGUGUGUUGACAGUAUCACCGCUUUCCAAGAGGGUCUCCACAGACUCUGGGAUGUGCAGGAUAUGGAUUACAAACAAUAUGUGGAUGAUUCGUUGAUGAGAUUUUUUGAUCAUUGUGAGAGAUUUGUUGAAAGUGUCGAAAACAACAAAACGGCGUUGAAUGAGGUAAAUCGUUUCAAGUCCUCGGUUGAGAUGGAUGCAGUACGGAAGAAAAUAGCCAAGCGCCUUCAGAUUCCAUACAAUCAAAUCACCCCAGAUAUGGCGGAGGCAGCUUUCUUUUUGUGCUCCUAUGAGUUUGCCAUCAAGUCUGAGAAUUCGCCCUGGUGUAAUCUGCUGGAUGAGUCAGAUGCUCAAGUGCUGGAGUACAAAAAUGACCUGAAACAGUACUGGAAGAGAGGAUAUGGACAUGACAUCAACUGUAAAUCCAGCUGUCCUCUCUUUCAUGAUAUAUUCAAGCGUCUUGAUAAGGCUGCCUAUGACUACAGUUUCGGGGACGUAAAAAAAACUGCCACCAUCCAGGUUGGUCAUGGUGAGACCUUGCUGCCUCUCCUCUCUCUGAUGGGCUUUUUUAAGGAUGAAAAACCUCUGACAGCGGAGAACUUCUCAUUGCAGCACAACCGCAAGUUCCGCACCAGUCAGAUUGUACCUUAUGCUGCAAAUCUAGUCUUUGUCCUGUAUGAAUGCACUGAAGGACUCCGAGUACAGUUGUUUCUCAAUGAGAAGCCCAUGAAUUUUCCCAAUAUGAACCGCUCUGCUCCAUUGUAUGAAACAGUCAUAAAGCAUUACUCAGAGCUCCUUCAUGGCUGUGAUUUUAAUAAGGAAUGUGACUUGCCUCAAUCAAACCUUAGGAACACUGAGCUGUGAGUCAGGUUAUAAAUUAGGAAUUUCAGGGAUCAAUCACUGUGUGCUUGAGAAAUGCUUUGUGAAAUGUGAUUUUUUUUUUUACUACAAUGACUCUAUAUAUGCAUUAUACUUUUGAUUCUCUUCAGAAAUGUUUAUUUUUUAUUUUAUAAUUAGAGGUCCAAUUUAUUAUUUUAUUUAUACAGCUUACCAAAUUAAAUAUAUAGAGCAUAUUUGUGUUUAAAGAGAUUUUCAUUGUUUUUUCAGAGUUCUUUCUUGUGUAUAAAUUCCACUUUCUUCCUAAACUUGUUUUAUUUGCCAAAGUACUCAAGAGAAAUGUUGUUGUAAGGUGCCAAAUAUAUUCUUUUCUUUGUAUUGAAAGUAAUUUAAAGCUUAUUUAUUUUAAUAGCUCUGUGCAUUUUCCAAAUAUAUCACUUUUUUCAACAACUAAAAUUUAUUCUAGUUUCUGUAAAAUGGACUUUCAAAAAAUUUAUCUUUCACGUCAUUCGUCUUGCUAUUUUAAAGAAAGACCCUAAUGUUGUCAUUACUGGAAAAAUCAAGUUGUCUUAAUUAAACAUUUCUUGAAAUGUUAAGUCUCUUAACUCAAAUACCUGUUUCUUGAACUCAUUUAUCUUAAAAAUCGAUUUUAUGUGUUAAUAACUCAAGAUUGAGUACAUAAUUGAGGCUAGGGGGAAUACCCCAAAUUAUUUAAUUAUUAUUGUUAUUAUUGAUAUUAAUAAAAUUGAAUUAUUUGAUUGUUUUCUUGGUCAGAAGGAACUGCAUUUAAAUAGUUUAUAGAGAUUUUAGCUCUUUAUAGAUUUAUUUGUUAUUUUGUUGCAAAUAGUUGUUUUAUGUGAUGACACCAUAAAGGUGAUCU